CAGAUAUUAAUAGAGGAUCCUAUUACCACGUGUCUUUCUCCUUCAGUGUAUGAUAUGAUUUGCAAACUCGGGUUUGAAGCCAGAGAAAAUUGCGAUAUCAAUAGUAUUGUAACUCAAAAUGGUGAAGUAUGCUGGACGACAAUUACAGACCGUGUGGUUUAUACAGAAUCAGCCCAGGGUCUGGAUUACGGGGGAAGCGUGAGGCUGCUGGGCCCUGUAUGCCAGGCUGUCCACUUACAUUUGUCAUCUCUGACCAAGGGGCAAUUUGAAACGCGAUAUUCACCGGGGCUCCAGUGGACAGGUGUUCCAGAGUUAUUUCCUGAAAUGUUUGGUGCCUUGGGAAGUCUUCAAUCUCUUGCUAUUUCUCUUAACUUAAUGAAGCUGACAUCAUGUCUAGAGCGAGCCCUGGCUGACGUGUAUUUACUGAUUGGGAAGGAAUGUCCCUUUCUUUUAAGAGAUCUGAUUGCAUCUGAGGAGCUCGCUCAAGUCUUCGGGCAGUCUGUGAUGGACGUGCUCAAGGUCUUCGUGGGCUCUCCGUGCGGACUCAACCUUCGCAACGUUCUGUGGCACGGCUUUGCGGCACCUCAGGAGAUUCCUCCAAAAUACUGUUCAAUGAUGAUAUUGUUGACAGCAGGAUUGGGUCAACUACUAAAGGGUUACCUUCAACAAACUAAGUUCACAUUGGCACAUCGACCUUUCAUAACUCUUACAAGCUUAGAGGAUUUGAUCAUUUUCCCUGAUGUUACUUAUGAGGUACUUUCAGUAUUAGAAGAAGUGAUGAAGAAAUCCACUUUUAUACUAGAAAUCAUGUUGCCAUAUUGGGAAGUCGCAUUGAUCAACUUCAAGUCUCACAGGUUUGCUGACUGUGCCAUAUUGUUAUUGGUGCAACUAGAGACUGGACUUAGGAAAGUUUUUGCCACAGUUAACAAAUGUCCAAAGAGACUUCUGACUGCUGAGUCAACAGCUCUUUAUACUACCUUUGAUGAGAUAUUGGCAAAACACUUGAAUGAUGGUAAAAUCAAUCAACUUCCUCUUUUCCUUGGAGAGCCUGCAAUGGAAUUUCUCUGGGAUUUCCUGAACCAUCAGGAAGGUCCCCGUCUAAGAGAUCGUUUAAGCCAUGGGGAAGUCAGUUUACCUGAAUUUCCAAAAGAAGCAGCCAAUCAGUUGCUUGCAUUUUCCUUUGUACUUUUACUCAGAUUUAUUGAUGAAGAUCUAUUAUCAGUGUUUAAGGAAAAAGCAGCAGUGAGAGCAUUGGUGAACGUUGCAGAAGCCUACGGCGCUCGCUGCCAUCCAGUUUCUCAGCUUAAAAAGCAGGUUCUGAGCUGUGAGAGGAGCAUUGGAGUUUGGCCUCUGCUGCCUUUGCCUGAAGGAUCCGAAAGGGAGGCUCAGCGAUCAGAAGGUAAUUCUGAAAUAAAUGCCUGCCACUCUUUAAUCACAGAAAUCGUGGCUGAGCUGUGUCACCAUGUGCCCGAGACCCACCGCGUUCCUCACGACUCGGAGUACCUUCCUCCUGAGAAGUGGCCCCAGCUGCUCCAUGAGCUCUGCAGCAUCCCUGUCCGGACCCUGUUCUGCCCCAGAGCCGUCCUGGAGGUGCUGGCCGUGCUCCGGAAGAUCGGCGCCCACUGCCACUGCGUGUGUGGCCAGGUGGCCGCCUGCGCGGAGCUGAGGCGCCGGCAGUGGGAGGACAGGAGCCUGCGCUCCCGGCAGCGGCGGAACUACCUGCGCCUGGUUCACAGUAUUAAGCUUCUGUCUCCUAUGCUUUAUCUGAUUUUACUGCUGAUUGCACUGGAAUUGGUCAACAUUCAUGUGGUUCUUGGGAAAAAUACUUCGGAAUAUCAGCAGUAUCUAAGGUUCUUAAAGUCCGUCUUGCAAUACACAGAGAACCUGGCGGCUUACACCAGCCAAGACAAGAACAAGUGGGACGAAGCUGUCAAUCUCACACAGGUGGCCUUGUUGAAAAUUUGGACUUUUAGUGAGAAGAAACAAAUGUUAAUACAUUUAGCCAAGAAAUCCACGAGUAAAGUAGUCUAA